AACCGAAGAUACGUAGAAACACGGACACCUCAAUAUGGGACCAGAAUUCCCACGCUUUCACAUUGCUGUUAUUUUAAGUAUUCCUCUUUGGCACCUAUGCUCUAGUCGUCGAUUAAUAUACUCCCAAAUCAUCACCAUGAAUAAUAAUAAUUCAUGCAGUUCAACCACAAUACAACUAAAUAAUUCUCUUCUCCGACAUGGGUUUGGUUGAUUCUUUACUAUCGAUGGAUUUUGAACAGGAAUCUUACCCAACUUACCAAGAUUUCUCUCUUCUUCCUCUGUUUGCUAUCUUCUUUCCAGUUGCUCGCUAUUUGCUCGACAGAUAUGUUUUUGAGGGUAUCGGAAGGCGGUUAAUGUUUGGAAACGAGCAGCAAAAGCCAGACACGGAGACAGAAGAAAGAAAAAAAAAGAUACGAAAAUUUAAGGAAUCAGCAUGGAAAUUUGUUUAUUUUCUUUCAGCUGAAAUUCUAGCUUUGGCUGUAACUCAUAACGAGCCAUGGUUCACUAAAACUAGCUACUUUUGGGUCGGUCCCGGCUCCCAGAAAUGGCCCGACCAGAAAGCAAAACUAAAAUUAAAAGGUCUGUACAUGUAUGCGGGUGGAUUCUAUGUAUACUCCAUAUUUGCUUUGAUAUUUUGGGAAACAAGGCGAUCCGACUUUGGAGUGUCGAUGGGCCAUCAUGUUGCAACUUUGAUUCUCAUCACCGUGUCAUAUAUUUGCAGGUUCGUGCGUGUCGGUUCGGUUGUUUUAGCUCUUCAUGAUGCCAGUGAUGUGUUUCUUGAAGUAGGAAAGAUGUCUAAAUACAGUGGCGCAGAACAACUCGCAAGUUUUUCAUUUAUAUUAUUUGUGUUUGCGUGGAUAAUCCUUCGGCUUAUUUAUUACCCAUUCUGGAUCCUAUAUAGUACAAGUUAUGAACUUGUUCCGGUGUUGAAUACAGAAAAGUAUAAGACUUUGGGACCGAUCUACUAUUAUUUGUUCAAUACGCUUCUUUUCUGCUUGCUUGUUCUUCACAUAUAUUGGUGGGUGCUUAUAUACCGAAUGCUUGUUAAACAAAUUCAAGAUAGAGGCAAAAUUAGUGAAGACGUUCGCUCAGAUUCUGAUAGCGAUCAUGAACACGAAGAUUGAUUGAUGACUCUUGUAGAAAGAAGGAGGAUGACGUGAAUCGGAUCAAGAAAGUCUGAUUUGUUAAUGGAAGGACAUGUAUAUUUGUAUUACAUCAGUUCUGAAAGUUUGAAAAUAUAUAGCAGUCAAUACAUAGAAAGUCAACGGCAAUGUGUUCUGUAUUUGUUUAUAGCCUUUUGAUGCAUGUUAGUAGUUAGCACUGAAUAUUUGAAUUUACCAAGUUGCCAUGGUGUAUUACUUUGUUUCUAUGCCUUAAUUCUUUUUGCAAAUUUUCAUCUUUAUUGAGAAUUAUGUUGACU